UACCUACGUGAAGUAAUAUAAUUGAGAACACAGGUCACAACAACCAACAACUAGAGUUGUGAUCUGUGAUUGAGGUCGUGGUAGGUCCUUAUUAGAAGUUCAACAAUAUGGAAUCGUGGGACGACGAAAAUUUCGAGCCUUCAACUCCUAGCCUGUCCCAGGUGGUGGCUAAUAAAUGGGAUGGCGAGGAUGAAGAAGACGAGGUUAAGGAAAGUUGGGAGGAUGAAGAGGAGGAGGAGAAGGAAGAAAAACCCACAACAGAGGUCCAACCAAAACCUAAAAAGAAGCCGUUGGCUGAGAGAAUCGCUGAAAAGGAGAGAUUGAAAAGAGAGGAAAUGGCGAAACGCCUUCAAGAAGAGGAAGAUGAAAUGUCACCAGAAGAAAAACUGCGUCGUCAAAAGGAGGCAGACUUGAAUCUGGCAUUAGCAACAACUUUUGCCGAAGGAAAUGUGAAAAAUUCUAAAAUAGGUGAUCUUGAUUUGCCAAAUUCAAAAGAAGAAUUCGAUACUUUCACAGAAACCCUCUCCAAGAAGCUUACAUCUCUGUCCAGCAGCAUAGAAUAUCCCAAUUUUGUUGAGAACUUAUCUAGGAACCUUUGUGCCACAAUGACAUCGCUUGAUAUUAGAAAAAUAAAAAAUUCGUUAGACAACUUAUAUUUAGAAAAACAGAAAGUCGAAAAAGGUGAUAAGGCAAAAAAGAGUAAGGGAAAAGGAAAGGCUAAGCUCAGAAUGGAGGGGGAUAAUGUAAGUUAUCAGUCAUUUGAGAAUUUGGCAAAUUUCAACUUUCAAUGUUGA